AUGCCGGGCGCAGGAGACGCUCCCCCAAUUCUCGACUUCUCGCGCACGUGCAUCACAAACACCAACACUACUCAAAGUACUGAUUGCUGUUUACACAAUGGCUUCUUCCAAAUCACUGGACACAAUGUGCCACUCGAGCUUCAGAACAAGAUCAUGGACUGGAAUAGGAAGUUUUUCGAUCUUUCGUUGGAGCAGAAGAAUGAAGUGAAUAAAGACACCACAAAUACAUGGAACCGAGGAUACGAAUUGAUGGAGUCGCAAAUUCUAGAAGAGGGAACAUUGCCGGAAUUAAAGGAAGGCUUCUACAUCGGCGACGAAAUCUCAAAAGAGCACCCGUAUUUUGUUCACAAGAAGCUGAACUCCGGACCGAACAUGUGGCCAUCAGAACUUGUCUUGCCUAACGUGGCAGACUUCAAAGCCACUGCUCUUGACUAUUACAGCCAAGUUGUCAGCCUGGCCAAAGACAUUCUCAAAGUCCUCGCUCUUACACUCGAUCUAGAGGAAUGCUGGUUUGAUGACUUUGCCAAAGACGCCGUCGCGACAAUGAGAUUACUACACUACCCUUCUCAACCACCAGACAGCCCCGCGAAGCUCACGCGAGGUAUUGGCGCACACACAGACUUUGGAUGUAUUACACUACUUCUGCAAGACAAAGUCGCUGGCCUACAGGUCUAUGAUCACUCGACCAAGGAAUGGCUUGAUGUUACCCCCACCCCCGGGGCCUUUGUCGUUAAUCUGGGCAACCUCAUGAUGCGAUGGUCCAACGACAGAUACAUCUCAAACCUACAUCGCGUCAUCAAUGUGUCUGGCGCAGAACGAUACUCGAUUCCAAUUUUCUUCAGCGGAAACCCGGACUUUGUCGUCAAGUGUCUGCCAAAUUGCGUCAAAGAAGGCGAAGAGCCGAAAUGGCCACCAAUUUCAGUCGAACAAGCGAUCAAGAACGGGUAUUCAGAUAGUUAUGGAAGAGCAGAGCGAUUCAAGAAGGAUGCUGAAGCGAAGGCGAAGGCUGGAGGUACACCUCGGAUGGGGGGCGGAGGAGUUGUGGUGGCGUAGGAACGUACCGGUAUCGUCAAAUCCGUUCUUGGGCGUCUAGUGUAUGUAUGAGGGCCAUGAUAACCUUUUUAUA